AUCCUGGGGAAAGGGGUAACAAGAUGACAAGAUCCGCUGUGUAAACACUCUUGUGUCGCCUUUUCAGGCAUGCUGAGGAGGUGCGCGCUGCUGUGCGCGGUGCUCGGGCUCCUGCGCGCCAAGCCCUUCCCCUGUCCCCAGGGCUGCAGGUGCGUGGUCGGUGAUGCGGUGCAGUGCUCAGGCGGCAACGUGGCACGCAUCGCCGCGCUGGGCCUGCCCACCAACCUCACGCACAUUCUGCUCUUCCGAAUGGGCCAGGGCGUCCUGCAGAACCACAGCUUCAGCGGCAUGACGGUCUUGCAGCGCCUGAUGCUCUCGGACAGCCAUAUCAUCGCCAUCGCCCCCGGCACCUUCGAUGACCUGGUAAAACUAAAAACCCUUAGACUGUCGCACAACAAAAUCACUCAUCUUCCAGGCGCGCUUCUGGAUAAGAUGGCGCUCCUCGAACAGUUGUUCUUGGACCACAAUGCACUAAGGGCCAUUGAUCAGAAUACGUUUCAGAAACUGGUUAACCUUCGGGAGCUCGUUCUGAACCGCAAUCAACUCUCUUUCCUUCCUGCUACCCUGUUCACGAAACUGGGGAACCUGAAGUUGUUGGAUUUAUCGGGAAACAACUUGACCCACCUGCCCGAGGGAUUGCUUGGGGCACAGGCCAAGCUUGAGAAACUCCUGCUCCACUCCAACCAGCUCGUGUCUCUGGAUUCGGGGCUGCUGGACAACCUGGGCGCCCUGAUGGAGCUGCAUCUGAGCAGCAAUCACCUCCGUGCCAUCGUCCCCGGUGCCUUCGAUCGCCUGGGAAACCUGAGCUCCUUGACUCUUUCCAGGAACCACCUGGAGUUUCUGCCCCCCGCGCUCUUUCUCCAUUCGCGCCGUUUGAUUCUGCUGACCUUGUUCGAGAACCCGCUACAAGAGCUGCCCGAGGUGCUCUUCGGGGAGAUGGCGGGCCGGGAACUCUGGCUGAACCGCACCCAGCUGCGCACGCUGCCGGCCGCCGCCUUCCGGAACCUGAGCCAUCUGCGUGUCCUGGGGGUGACGCUGAGCCCGCGCCUGAGCGCGCUCCCGGAGGGCGCGUUCCAGGGCCUGGCGGAGCUGCGCGUGCUCGCGCUGCACUCCAACGGCCUGGUGGCGCUCCCCGACGCCCUGCUGCGCGGCCUCGGCCACCUGCGCCAGGUGUCGCUGCGCCACAACCGGCUACGGGCUCUGCCCCGUGCGCUCUUCCGCAACCUCAGCAGCCUGGAGACGGUCCAGCUGGACCACAACCAGCUGGAGACCUUGCCUGGCGACGUGUUUGGGUCUCUGCCCCAGCUGGCGGAGGUCCUGCUGGGCCACAAUCCCUGGCUCUGUGAUUGUGGCUUGUGGCCGUUCGUCGAGUGGCUGCGGCAGCACCUGGACCUCGUGGGCCGAGAUGAGUCCCCGCGGUGCCAUGGCCCGGAACAGCGCGCCGGCCUGUCGCUCUGGGCCCUGCUGGAGGGUGACCCGUGGUGCCCGAGCCCUCGGGGCGCUCCUCCCCGCCCUCCUGUGGACAGCGCACUGGGAGCCCCGCUCCCUUCCCUGCUGCCCACCGGCUCAGAACCCUGGGCGUGGGCCCAGCAGGUGGCCACGGGAGAACGUCCAGAUCACAGUCUCUUCUGGGGUCUUUAUUUUCUGCUUUUAGCAGCUCAGGCCGUCCUAUCCGGGAUCAUUAUGUUUGCUAUGAUUAAAAUUGGCCAGCUCGUUCGAAAAUUAAUUAGAGAGAGGGCUCUUGUUUGAGUCAA